GAGUUAAAAGUCUAACCCGCCCGCCUGGCUGGCAGUGCCAGUGCAGUAGAAGAAGUGCCCACCACUUGGCGACACCCCGAGAAGUACCGAGAAGGAAAUUGGAUUCAUAUUUUUUACACUUCCAGGCGUUAAUUGGCGUCAUUUCACCUGCUUUCUCCGGACAGGGACGCGCGGUGUCCAGGGUGGCCGGAGAGUGGACACAGGUAGUGACUGUCCAUCAGACUGACCGCCGACUUGCCGCGUCUCUCCUCCACUUCACUCCAUUCCGCUCCUUUCUCCGCUCUCCUCUGACAGAUGGUGUGAAAGCGGCGGAAGGCAGAGCCGGACAACCCCACUCCCGCACCACUAGAAGGGCGGCGCGCCACCACUUUGGCACUGAACUCCGACCGAGCGCCCGGCCGCCCAGCGUCGCGCCACGGCCGGUCACCGCAGAGCGCAGGAGCCGCUGCUCGCUGGAGGGAGAUCCAUCGCGCAGGGGUCAGUUCGAGGGCCACAUUUUGGGCCAGUGCAGAGCGGUCAGUUUGGGGUGGCCAGCGAGCGGCCGGUUUUGGGGCCAGGUUGCGGCCGCUAUACAGGAGCAGCAGCAGGAGGAGGACGAGAGCCGACCCUUCCAGCGCCGCUCUCCGGGCGAUGCCAGUGUAAAUGCCAGGGCGAUGUCCCGACGCAAGCAGGGGAACCCGCAGCACCUGUCCCAGAGAGAAAUAACACAGGAGGUUGAGCAUCCAGAUGGCGGCCUGCUCUCCGGCUCUCUAUCCCUCCACCCGCUCCGCCUGUCCUCUCACCCGCUCCGCCUACCUCCCCACCCGUUGGACCCUAGUCUGGCCCAUGCCUUGCCAUCCGGCCUCCACGCCGACCACGACCUGCUGACCUGCGGCCAGUGCCAGAUGACCUUCCCGCUGGGCGAUAUCCUGCUCUUCAUUGAGCACAAAAAGAAGCAGUGUCAAACGCCGCUGCUGGCCAAUGGCUGCUACGACAAGAUGACCGACCGGGGAGGAGAAGGAGGGAGUCCGACUCUGCAGAGCCUUCAUCACCACGCACAGCAGGUGGAGCUGAGGAAGGUGGUGGAGCCGGUGGAGAUUGGCAUCCAGGUGACACCAGAGGAGGAGGAGGUGGAAAGAGGUGUGAGGGGAGAGAGGACGCUCAUCAAAGGAAUUUGCCCGAAGCAAGAGAACACACCGGCAGGGGGCAGUGAUGAGCCUUCCAGCUAUAUAUGUACCACAUGUAAGCAGCCCUUCCCCAGCGCCUGGUUCCUGCUGCAGCAUGUCCAGAACACCCACAACAUUCGCAUAUACCUGGAGUCCAACCCCUCCAGCACAGCCCUCACCCCACGCAUCACUAUGCCUCCACCCAUGGGCAAUGACUCCAUUCCGCAGUCCCCCCUCACCAACUUUCUCGGGGACAACAACCCCUUCCAUCUCCUGAGGAUGACGGGCCCCCUGCUCCGGGAGCCUCCCCCAGGCUUCAUGGAGAACCGCCUCCCCAACACGCCUCCAUUCAUCAGCCCGCCUCCCCGGCACCACCUGGACCCCCAUCGGCUGGAACGCCUUAGCGCAGAGGAAAUGGGCCUCAUCUCACAGCACCCCAGUGCCUUUGAGAGGGUGAUGCGGCUAACGCCCAUGGCCAUGGAGUCCCAGUCCAUGGACUUCUCCAGGCGGUUACGUGAGUUGGCAGGGAACAACAACAGCACCACACCACCGUUGUCACCCAACAGGGCCAACCCUAUGCACCGACUACUAAACCCCAACCCCUUCCAGCCUGGGCCAAAAUCACCCUUUAUGAGCACCCCUCCCUUACCACCGAUGCCCCCAAACAGCACCACACCUCCCCAGACACAGAACAAGGUCAAGUCCUGUGAGUUCUGCGGUAAGACCUUCAAGUUCCAGAGCAACUUGGUGGUGCAUCGGCGCAGCCAUACUGGAGAAAAACCAUACAAGUGCCAGCUGUGUGAUCACGCCUGCUCUCAGGCAAGCAAGCUAAAGCGACACAUGAAGACCCACAUGCACAAGGCUGGAUCCCUGACAGGGCGCUCAGAUGAUGGAUUGUCCACCACAAGCUCCCCAGAGCCAGGCACCAGUGAUGUCACAGGUGAGGGCAUGAAGAAUCGUGAUGGUGACUUCCAUGGGGAAGGCAAUGAGGAGGAAGAAGAGGAGGAGGAAGAAGAGGAACUUGAGAAUGAGAGUCGACCAGAAUCCAACUUCAGCAUGGAGUCUGAGUUCUACCGGAACAGAGAGAAUGGCUCUAAACUGCCCUCAGAGGAGAAGUCAUCACUUGCUAUUGAGAAGAUGGUGGAAGGUGGAGGUCUCAACUCUAUACAGCAGUACAAUAAUUUGAUAGUUGACAAUCGUAAAAGGAUGCCCUUCUCCAAGAGGGGCUCAGAUGGCCAGCGGGACACUGGGGAUGAGGACUCAGUGGCUGGGGAGAUGGACCACCACCAGCAGGAAGAGAGGACAACCAUUAAUGGCCGGAACUGUGGCUCCGGUGACUCUUUCUCAGGCCUGUUUCCCCGUAAGCCAACCCCUAUCACUAGUCCCAGCCUAUCCAACUCCUCAAAUAAGAGGAUCAAGAUUGAGAAGGACUUGGACAUUCCCCCAGCACCCCACAUCCCCUCUGAGAACGUCUACUCCCAGUGGUUAGUGGGCUAUGCUGCCUCACGCCACUUCAUCAAAGACCCUUUCCUAGGCUUCACUGACUCCAGACAAUCGCCCUUCGCCACCUCCUCUGAGCACUCGUCCGAGAACGGUAGCCUGCGGUUCUCAACGCCUCCAGGCGACCUGCUGGAUGGAGGCCUGUCGGGCCGCAGUGGCACCGCCAGUGGAGGCAGCACGCCUCAUCUGGGUGGAGGUCCAGGCCGACCUAGCUCCAAGGAUAGCAGGAGGUGCGACACCUGUGAAUACUGCGGCAAGGUGUUCAAGAACUGUAGCAACCUGACGGUGCACCGGCGCAGUCACACUGGCGAGAGGCCCUACAAGUGUGAGCUGUGUAACUAUGCCUGCGCCCAGAGCUCCAAGCUCACUCGCCACAUGAAGACACAUGGCCAGCAUGCUGGCCAGCAGAAAGGGGACCAUGGAAACACUGAUGGACAUACACCUGAAAUAUUCACAAACUCUUAAAUUCUGCUUCAGGUAUUAGGCAUAACUUAGUCCUGAAAAAGUCCUGAAAACAUCUUAACUCCAAACUCAUUUACUGCUGCCCACAAUAAUAUGAACACCUGCUAAUCAAAGAAGUGCCAAGAUGAUGAAGAAGAAAACAACCUGACUGUGUAUUUCAUUCCUUUAAUGCUUUUUUAAAAAACUCAUAGAAAAUAGUUGGUGCUUAGAUAAAACCCUGAGAGCUACUGAAUUUCCCAUCAGCAUCACCUCUCUUAAAAAAGCAUAAGCUAAUCCAGUAAGGUUGCAUUUCUGAUGACAGUAGGCUUGCAUUGUCAGCCAAUUCCUGAUAUUUUCUUCAUUUCUGUUUUUAUUGGCUCUCCCACCAGGUUCUUCCAAUCAAAAUCAAAUCAAUUUCACAUUGUCAGCUAGCUUUAGAUUCCCUCAUGUUUGUAUUCAAAAUGAUAAAUAAAAAAAAUAAAAAGCAGUGUUGGGAUGAAGUUAAGAAAAUGUAAUUUUUGAGAUGUAAUAAUGUUCAAUAACACAGAGGUGGAGGGGUUUGGGACUGGGGGCGGGGCUUUUGGAGUAGAGAUGUAAUGCUGUUUGUGAUGUCACUUUAUUUAAAUACAUGAACUGACUCCUAUAGGCUGCGGCUUGUAUUCUCUAUGAUGUCACUGAGAUGCGGCCAGUGGACGCCAUUUACAGGUUACAGUAAACAUGACAUUGAGACUCC